AUGGCAGCUGACGUGUUGGCUCCGGGUUUCUGGGAAAUCGGAGCUUACAAAAAUAACGUUCGUCGUAUAAAGGACGGCAUUGAUGAAUUGGACGAUUUUAUGAAAAUGGCCCGCGAAAGAGCUGAUAUUGAGGCGAAAUACAGUAAGACGAUGCAACAAUUCGCUGAGAAAUGGAAAGCACAUGUGGAACGAGCAGUGUCAUCUGGAUCCAUUAAGAGAGCUUGGUUGCAAAUUUUGGGAGAAGCAGAUGCCGUAUCAGUUCAACAUAAUCGUGUAAAGGAUCGACUUAUGGACGAGGUCCUCAAAACACUGGCACUUUAUCGAAAGGAAAAUUAUCACCCGUCUGCUUUUCGCGCUCCAAAAGAGAUCCGUGAAGCCGAAGAAGGAUUUGAGAGGGCUCAGAGAAAGUGGAGGAAACUUUACGAAAAAGUUGAAUUAAGCAAGAAGACGUACUACAAUGCGUGUCGUCAGGAGAAAUCUGCUUUAGUGAAUCUUAGUAACAGCCAGGCUGAUCUGUCGUUGUCACAAGAUGGCACACAAAAGCUGCGUGAUCGACUAGAGAAAUGUCGUGAGGACGUACGCAAAUUUAAAUCUGCUUAUGAAAAGAAUAUUUCAGAAAUCACCCAGUACAGGGCUCCUUAUAUCGAAGACAUGACGUAUGAAUUCGAAAAGUGCCAAGCAAUGGAAAUGAAACGCAGCAAAUUUCUCGUCGAAAUGAUGUCCGCCACACAACAAGUGCUUGUUGAUUUGGCUCGAAAUAACAAAUUUGCUCAACUGCAUUCAAAUCUAGAGAGCGUGCUACGAUCGUGCGACGAGAACGUCUUGACGAGCGACCUCCAAGCAUGGUCUUCUAUCAAUGGAAAAGACGCACAAACGGAAUGGCCGGCUUUCGAGUUUCUGUUUUUUUGUUCCCUUCUUCAUAAUACUCAGGAUUAUACGGAGUCGUUGCGAACGAUUGUGUCAAAGAGUGGAAGCACAAGUUCGAACACAGUUAUACUGACCAAACAGAUAACGAAAACUGACGACAUACCUGGGCCAGCUACUAUUUCGGCCCCUUGUAGUGACAGUGGCAAGUGUAAUAUUUUAUGCUCAGAUUCUCCUCCUCUCUCUACGACUACACCUGACUCGGCAAAAUAUGGUGACUUUGAAGAGCUCCAUACAAAAUCGAUCGCCACUGUGUUAUAUGACUAUAAUCCUCUUGAAAACGAUGAGAUUUCUCUGCAGAAAGGUACAUCAUAG